AUCCAAAAUGCUGUCUGCCCUUCGGUCGCUGGCCAGCCCGGCGCACCGACAGUGGCCAAUCUCGUACUUGCGACAGAGUCUAUUCCAAAAUGCUAAUGUGACCAUGCUCUUCCGAUCUUUCUACCCGUCGCCUCCUACCGCCGUCACAUUGAAUCAAUCGACACGUCGGAAACCACUCCCGAAGAGCAAACGGCCAAGGUCACCACUACUGGAGGGUAACACGCAGAAGAAGGGUGUCAUUAGUUCUGUCUUUAUCAUGAAGCCCAAGAAACCAAACUCGGCUAAGCGGAAGGUUGCCCGAGUAAAGCUGACGUCCGGAAAGACGCUUCAUGCAUAUAUCCCUGGAGAAGGCCAUAACCUCCAAGAGCACGGUGUAGUCCUAGUGAGAGGAGGUCGUGCGCAGGAUCUUCCCGGUGUUCGAUAUAAGUUGGUGCGGGGUGCAGCAGACUUCGGUGGUGUUGUGAACAGACUCACGGCUCGCAGCCGAUAUGGAGCGAAGAAGCCCAAGGAGUAGAUGCGUUGUGGCUCGAUGUUCGGAGCCAAACAUUGCUUUUGCAGCUCUUGCAACUCCCCAUGUAUCACGUAACAGGCUCACCGUUAAUCAGGCUUUGGACAGACAUUAUU